AUGGCAAGAAAAUCGAAUGCUUUAUUUGGGGGGUUAACUCCUCCGAUUCAGGGAAAUAUGAUUGUUGCCUACCCUGAAACAUUCGAUAGUGUAAAGCGCCUGACGCAAAAGUUGUAUGAUCAUAGGAACAAGAAGGGCACCAACACUUCAGAUGCAGAGACCAAGACGGAAGACAGAAACAAGAGGAAUAAGGCAUCUCGAGACCAACAAAAGAACUACACUGACAAAAGGCGAAAGCCUCUAGAGUUCCAAGGAGGAUACUGCGAGCUGCUAAAAUUCGUCCCUUGGAAAGGGAUGGUACGAUACGGAAAAAGGCGAAAGCUAAACCAACGAUACAUCGGUCCAUUCAAGAUUCUUGCCAGGAUUGGUAAGGUGGCCUAUAACCUGCAACUACCAUCGGAGCCUAGCAACAUCCUCCCUGUCUUCCACGUAUCAAACCGGAAGAAAUGCUUAUCGGGUGAAACCCUCGUUGUCCUACUCGAUGAGAUUGAGGUGAAUAAUAAUCUAUUGUUCGUCGAGGAACCGGUUGAAAUCAUGGAUAGAGAAGUGAAACAUACGAAACGAAGUCAAAUUCCUAUUAUAAAGAUUCGAUGGAGUGCAAAACGCAGACCCAAGUUCACAUGGGAACGUAAGGAUCAAAUGAUGCAAAAGUACCCUCAUUUCUUCUCUAGUCCUUAA